AUGUUUCAUGCUUUCUAACGUUGAAUGUAGAUUGUAGCAAUUAAACAACUUGACCGAAAUGGACUACAAGGGAACAGAGAAUUCCUUGUUGAAGUUUUGAUGUUAAGUCUUCUUCACCACCCUAACCUUGUCAACCUGAUUGGUUAUUGUGCUGAUGGGGAUCAAAGGCUUCUAGUUUAUGAAUUUAUGUCAUUAGGAUCAUUGGAAGACCACUUACACGAUAUUUCACCUGGGAAGAAACAACUUGAAUGGAACACGAGGAUGAAAAUAGCUGCUGGGGCUGCAAGGGGAUUGGAAUAUUUACAUGACAAAGCUAAUCCUCCUGUCAUAUACCGUGAUUUAAAAUGCUCCAACAUUUUGCUUGGUGAAGGGUAUCAUCCGAAGUUAUCUGAUUUUGGUCUGGCUAAACUUGGCCCUGUGGGGGAAAACACCCAUGUAUCAACAAGGGUUAUGGGAACCUAUGGAUAUUGUGCACCAGAGUAUGCAAUGACAGGUCAACUGACUCUGAAAUCAGAUGUUUAUAGCUUUGGUGUUGUUCUUCUGGAAAUGAUUACUGGAAGGAAAGCAAUUGAUAAUUCAAGAUCUGCAGGAGAACAGAAUCUUGUUGCAUGGGCCAGACCCUUGUUCAAAGAUCGAAGAAAAUUCUCACAAAUGGCUGAUCCGAUGCUCCAAGGUCAAUAUCCUUCAAGAGGGCUAUACCAGGCCCUUGCUGUUGCAGCUAUGUGUGUUCAGGAGCAGGCCAAUAUGCGUCCAGUUAUAGCUGAUGUUGUCACUGCUUUGAGUUACCUUGCGUCACAAAAAUAUGAUCCCAAUACAAAGACUGUACAAAGCUCUCGCCUUGCUCCUGGAACUCCUCCUAGAACCAAGAGGGGAUAGUGAUAUGGAGCUCAAUGUUUUUUAAUGGUAGUCUGGUGCAAAUUUCAAACAUCUUACCGUAUACUGAAAUAUAUAUAGAUUUGUAGAUGUUAAUACUGGUUGUCUUAUGGUGGUGUUUUUCGUUCAGAGCAUAGUUGCUAAAAUUGUUGUAAAAUUUUGUUGUACUUCUGGUGCACAUAAGUGCUCCUAUUUUCCAUUUGGAGCCAAGAUGGAAUAUCCACUUCCUUUUCCCUUAGUUUCGAUUUUUAAAGCAAAUUACUGGAUUCAUGAUU